GUCGAUUGUAACUAAGAAAUUGCUACUAAGCUCAAACAAAAUUAUCUUCCAUAUUUGCCAUCGUUGCAGCUUUCGUCGUCUUUGUGGUCUGUGCACUAUAUUUAUUGUGUUCAUUUGCAAUUGUUGAUUAAAUUGAUCCAUUAUAAAAGCUAGCGCACAGUUAGUUAUUUUGAAAAAUUUAGUUUUGGAAAAUAAUCAAUUAAUUCAAUAGUAUUGUGCCUGCAAAGCAGUAGAAAAAUAUCCAAACUGUUGAAUUUCCCGCAAUUAUAUCUGCAAACGACAUCGUCUUCAUCACAUAGUGCACGGAUUAACAACAUGCCAGUACACGAAUUUAAAGUGGAAAUGACCUGUUCAGGAUGUGCAAACAGUGUCGAACGGGUGUUAAACAAGCUGGGAGCGGAAAAAGUUGAGAAGAUCGCUAUCGAUCUCGAUUCGAAAACGGUGUUGGUGACAUCGAAUUUGACAGCCGAUGAGUUGCUGGAGACGAUUAAGAAGACUGGCAAAGCGACCCAAUACGUUGGGGUAAAAGAAUGAAAUGAACUUUUUUGUAAGUUUCGUAAAAUUGCCAAAUUGAAAAUGGAAGUUUAGAUGCGGAUAUACAACAAAGAAUUGAUAGGAUUGCGGUAUGGAAUCGAGAGCAAGCUAAACUGUAAACGGCCAAUUACGUUUUGACCUUUUUAAAUCGUUUAAAACGAACAUUGAAAUUAAAUUUCAGGAAGUGUAGAUAAAUAUUUUUAAAUAUAAAAUUAAAAAUAUAAGCAGUAAUAUAUACACUCAAUAUAAAAUGAAAUCCAUUGUUAUAAAUUACGAAGAAUUUAAAAAUCUUGUCUUGUUGUCAAA